CUCAAGCGCAUGCGCUCCAAGGCCUUUUGACGAGCGUUGCCUCCGUACAGCUUGGAAAGCGCUUUGAGCCCAGUGCAGCUUCGCUGCGUGUUACUUCAGCUGCUCUUCCUGCACUGCACCCCGCUCGACUCUGCGAUGCCAGUGGACCUCGGCAAGUGGUCCGGGCCCUUGAGCCUGCAGGAAGUGGACGAUCGGCCACAGCACCCGCUGCAGGUCAAAUAUGGCGGGGCUGAGGUCGACGAGCUGGGCAAAGUGCUGACACCUACCCAGGUUAAGAGCAGGCCCACCAGCAUUACAUGGGAUGGGCUGAAUCCAGAUAAACUCUACACCUUGGUCUUGACAGACCCGGAUGCUCCCAGCAGGAAGGACCCCAAAUACAGGGAAUGGCACCAUUUCCUGGUGGUCAACAUGAAGGGCAACGACAUCAGCAGUGGCACAGUCCUCUCCGAUUAUGUGGGCUCUGGGCCUCCCAAGGGCACAGGCCUUCACCGCUAUGUCUGGCUGGUUUACGAGCAGGACAGGCCGUUGAAGUGUGACGAACCCAUCCUCAGCAACCGAUCUGGAGACCACCGUGGCAAAUUCAAGGUGGCGUCUUUCCGCAAAAAGUACCAGCUUGGGGCCCCGGUGGCCGGCACAUGUUACCAGGCAGAAUGGGACGACUAUGUGCCUAAACUCUACGAGCAGCUUUCUGGGAAGUAGAGGAAAGCCAGGAGAUGGAAAUCAUCCCAGAGUUCCCAAGCAGUGUUUCAGUUUAGUGAUGCAUGUGGGUUUCUCCCCUUUCCCUCUUCCUGAGUAGUCAGAUUUAGGUUAGGGUGAAUUUUCCUUCUGCCUGUCCUAACUCUAGGGGGUUUGUGUUCUGCUCAAAUUUGAACUCCACUUGGGGUGGGGGGUAUUUUGGUACUAUGUUGGGGUCAUCAAAAUGUUAAUAGAAGAAUAGCAACCCAGACUUUAAAGAAGAAAAAAAAUUCUGGUUAAAAGACCAGGUCUACAGUAUUAGAACAUCAAAGACUGUAAGGGAAGUUGAAAAAAAGAGCAGAUUUGUUACCUCCACCUUUAUGAGCUUGAACCCAGAAUUGUCUGUGAUGGCAUCUUCUGGCCUGUGUUUUCACAGCCCUGUCUCACCAACAUGACCAGAGGCUGUCAGGUCCGCUGACCCCCAACGUGGCACAGCUCAGGCUGGUUACUGGGUGUUAGUAUCCUACUCUUGCUCCUUUAAAGAGCAAUACUGGAAAAAGGAAUCGGGAGAGAGUCACUUUGCUGUUAAAGCCCAGCCAUCUGGAUGAGCUACAGGGCUGGGUGGGGAGGUUAUCAGAAAUCUGAAAGUCUGUGCCUGUUAAGUUGAUCACUUUUCUUUGAUGUGAGGAAAGCCAGUCUGGAGUUGCUAAGCAUUGCUUUAAUUCUGCUGUUUGCUUAUAGUUGAACAAAAAUAAAAACAUCGUGUAGAUGAA